ACGUGGUCACUACGCCGACUAUAGGUGCCUCAACCGACUGCCUUCACGGCGUCAUUGACUGCUUUGCACUUGUUCAGCCAUAAUGGAGGCCUUGUUCUUUAAUGUCUCCAACGGUUUCUUGGAGGGGAUCCUCAGGGGAUACAAGGCCGGUAUCCUUACCCAGAGUCAUUAUUCGAAUUUGACACAAUGCGAGACGCUGGACGACUUCCGGAUGCAGCUCUCAGCGACCGACUACGGCAACUUCCUCGCAAACGAGCCCUCCCCCCUCUCCACCUCGACAAUAGCGGACAAGGCGACGCAGAUCCUUGUAGACCAGUUCAACUUCAUCCGGACGAACUCUGUGGAGCCAUUGAGUACUUUCCUGGAGUAUAUCACCUAUGGCUACAUGAUUGACAACGUCGUGCUCCUGAUAACUGGGACGCUACAUGAGAGGGAUACACACGAGCUUUUGCUCCGCUGUCAUCCGCUUGGCGUGUUUGACACGAUGCCCGCAUUAUGUGUAGCGACGAACGUGGAGGACUUAUACCGGACAGUACUCGUCGAGACGCCUCUAGCUCCCUACUUCAUUGAUUGCCUUUCCGCCUCCGACCUCGACGACCUCAAUAUCGAAAUUAUCCGGAAUACCCUGUAUAAGGCAUACCUUGAGGACUUCGACAGGUUCUGCAAGACCCUGGGUGAACCCACGUACGAAGUUAUGCAUCGCAUCCUCUCUUUCGAGGCUGACCGGCGGACAAUCAAUAUCACGAUCAACUCGUUUGGGACAGAGUUGUCGAAAGAGCAGCGUGCAAAGCUGUUCCCUACGAUCGGAAGACUAUACCCCGAAGGCAACAACGCCCUCGCGCGGGCAGAUGACAUCGAACAGGUCCGACAGGCUUGCGACUACAUCCCGGAGUACAAGACGUUCUUCGACUCUGGUCCUCAAAGCGCACCCAGGGCGAAUGGCAACGGCGCACAGGAUGACCUGUUCAAUGAGGAAUCCUCAGUGGCCGCUGACUUGGAAGACCGCUUCUUCCGGCAAGAAGUCCAUCUUAACAAGCAGUCGUUCCUGCAGCAGUUCCAGUAUGCUGUGUUCUACAGCUAUUUCAAGCUGAAGGAGCAGGAGAUCCGGAGUAUAACGUGGAUUGCGGAGUGUAUUGCGCAGGAUGCGAGAGACAGGAUCCAGGACUUUAUACCUAUCUUCUAAUUGUGCGGUGUGUCUAUUUACCUGUCUGAUAUGGAUUGUUGCGUUGUUUCUUC